AUGGCGUAUUCUUUUGCUGGAGCUUCUCAAAUAAGAUAUGCUAGACAAUGUUGGCCUUCUGGAAAUGAGGCAUUGCCUAAAGGAAUUGUUGCCAGAACAUCUAACUUGGAAAUGCGGUUAUGGGACUCUGGUAUAUACAAUAGAAUUUCAAAGCGCCCAUUGAACUUUCUGGCCAUUGCAAAAGGAGGGAGGAAGAACAAAUUUGUCAAUAAAAUUGUUGCAAAGGCAGAAGCAGGGAAACCAAUGUCCGACAAUGCUCCUCAAAUAAAGUAUGAUGUUUUUGUUAGCUUUAGAGGUGAAGACAUCCGCAGUGGUUUUCUUGGUCAUUUGAGUGAGGCAUUUUCUCAGAAGCAAAUAUAUGCCUUCAUAGAUGAAAAACUCAAAAAAGGAGAUAGUGUUUGGCCAUCACUUGAGAAAGCAAUUGAAGGAUCUUUUAUAUCUCUGAUCAUAUUCUCAAAAAAUUAUGCUUCUUCAAGUUGGUGUUUGAAAGAACUCGUGAAAAUACUUGAGUGCAGAGACAAAUACAAACGGAUUGUAAUACCUGUUUUCUACAAUGUAGAACCCACAGUUGUUCGGCAUCAAAACAAAUUUUAUGCAAUUGCAUUUGUUUUUCAUCAAAUAAAAUAUGGUUUGUCCAUGGUAAAAUUAUGGAAAAAGGCUUUGGAGGAUUCUUCUAAUUUAUCUGGAAUUAAGUCAACAGAUUUUCGGAAUGAUGCUGAGAUGCUUGAUGAAAUUGUCAAGCAGGUGUUGAUGAGGUUCAGUAAACACCCGAUUAAUAUGAAAGGACUUAUUGGAAUUGGCAAACCAAUUUCAGAUAUAGAAUCAUUGUUAUGUCAAGAGUCAAAGGAUGUUCGUGUUAUCGGAAUUUGGGGUAUGGGUGGUAUUGGUAAGACAACAAUUGCAGAAGAAGUGUUUAACAAACUAUAUUCUAAAUAUGAAGGAUGCUGUUUUUUGGCAAAUGUAAGAGAGGAAUUAAGGAGAAAUGGAAUAAUUUCUUUAAAGGAACAGGUUUUUUCUACCCUACUAGGAGAAGUUGUGAAAAUUAACACUCCAAAUGGAUUGUCUGAUUAUAUUAAAAGAAGGAUUGGGCGUCAGAAGGUUCUUAUUAUUCUUGAUGAUGUGAAUGAUUCAGAUCAAAUAGAAAUAUUGUUAGGAACUCGUGAUUGGUUUGGAGGAGGUAGUAGAAUAAUUAUAACAACAAGAGAUAAGCGAGUGCUCAUUGCUAACAGAGUUGAUGAUAUAUACAAGGUUGACGUAUUGAGCAGCAGUGAUGCACUUAAGCUUUUUAAUUUGAAAGCAUUUGACCAAAAUCAGAUUAAAGUGGAGUAUCAUGAGCUUUCUAAGAGGGUUGUCAAUUAUGCCAAAGGUAUUCCACUAGUUCUUGAAGUUUUGGGUCGUCUUCUUUGUGGUAAAGAUAAGGUAGCAUGGGAAAGUCAGCUGGAGAUACUUGAAAAAAUGCCAAUUAAAAAAGUUUAUGAUAUAAUGAGACUAAGUUAUGACGAUCUAGAUCGUAAAGAGCAAAAAGUUUUUUUAGAUGUUGCAUAUCAGGAAAGUGAUAAUUCAGUGGCUGUUGUGUUAGAAAGGCUGGAAGAUAGAGCUCUUGUAAGUAUUUCUAAGCAUAAUGUUGUGUCUAUGCAUGAUAUUAUACAAGAAAUGGCUUGGGAGAUUGUUCGCCAAGAAUCUAGUGAAUCGGGAAGACACAGCCGAUUGGGGGAUCCUGAUGAAAUAUAUGAAGUACUGAAAAAUGACAAGGGAAUGGAGGAUAUUAGAAGCAUAAAGUCACACUUGCCUGCAGUAAAGAAGCUGAUGUUAUGCCCCAACAUAUUUGCUAAGAUGAGGAAACUACUGUUUCUAGAUUUUCGCUAUACAGAUGGACUAGAAUCUGUAGGUCUUUUCCCUCAAGGGCUUCAUUCUUUGCCAAUGGAACUAAGAUAUCUUCGUUGGGAAUGUUAUCCUUUUAAAUCCUUGCCUGAGCAAUUUUCUACUGAGAAACUUGUUGUAUUAGACAUGUCAUAUAGCCAAGUGGAAAAGCUUUGGUCUGGAGAGAAAAAUCUGAUGAAAUUAAAAGAAAUCAUACUUCAACUUUGCCAUUUAAAAGAGCUGCCAGACCUUUCAAACGCUGCAAAUCUUAAAGUAUUGGAUGCGAGAGGUUGUUAUCAGUUGACAAGUGUGAAUCCAUCUAUUUUAUCUCUCAACAUGCUUGAGAAAUUAGAUCUAUGGUACUGCAUUUCCCUUACCAGACUUUCAUGUGAUUCCCACUCAAGCUCCCUUCGAUAUCUUAACCUUAAGGAAUGCAAGAAUCUAAGGGAAUUCUCAGUGACAUCAGAGAAUAUGAUUGAACUUGAUUUAUCUUGCACUCAGGUCAAUGCAUUGCCCACAACUUUUGGAUGUCAAAGAAAGCUUGAACACCUAAACCUUGCAUUGAGUUACAUUGAGAGCUUGCCUUCAUCCAUAAAAGAUCUUACAAGACUGCAAUAUCUUAAUAUAAGUUAUUGCGAGAAGCUUCAAAUUCUUCCCGAGCUUCCCCCAUCCCUUGAAACUCUACUUGUCAACGAUUGCACAUCGUUGAAGACUGUAUUGUUCCCUUCAACAGUUGCUAAACAAUUCAGUGAAAAUAGGAAAAAGGUUGAGUUCUGGAAUUGCUUGGACUUGGAUGAACAUUCUCUCAUGGCUAUUGGGUUGAAUGCGCAAAUCAACAUGAUGAAAUUUGCAUACCAACAUUUAUCAGCUUCAAAGCAAGAUUACAACGAAAAUUUUGGUGAUCAAGCAAUGUAUUUGUAUCCAGGAAGCAAUAUUCCAGAGUGGAUGAUGUAUAAGACAACAGGGGAUUAUAUAAUUAUUGAUCAUUCUUCUGCUCCAUCAUGUCCUAUAUCAGGCUUCAUUUUCUGUUUCAUCCUUGGCAGAGACGGGAGAAAAUUUUGGUGUCAUAAAUUGCAAUUUAACAUCAUUAUUAGUGACGAUGAAGGAAACAGGGACGUUAUCAAAAUAAACUCGUCUAUGACAUUUUUUCAGAUUGUAGCAGAUCAUGUGUGUUUGAUAUAUGACCAACGUUGUUCUUGUUCCCUAAAUAGCAUCACCAAAAAUCUGCCAAAGUUUAAAAUCAAGGCUACGGCAUGGUUUACCUCCAUAUUCGAAGGUUUUGGUAGUCCAAACAGGGUGGUAUUAAAAGGGUUUGGGGUCAGUCAUGUAAAUACUUCAGAUUAUCACAAGACCGUUCAACAAAUGGAUUAG